AUGUUUCAGUUCAAUAUUAAAAAGUCCACAGAGCCUGUACAGCCCAGAGCCCUCCUGAAGUUCCCAGACAUCUAUGGACCAAAGCCAGCAGUGACUGCCCCAGAAGUCAUCAACUAUGCUGAUUAUUCCUUGAAGACCACAGAGGAGGAGUCUGUCCCUGCCAGCACACAGGCCCUGAAUGACAGUCGCCUCAAAAGACAGGUCACAGAGGAGCUCUUCAUCCUUCCUCAGAAUGGUGUGGUAGAAGAUGUCUGUGUGAUUGAGACCUGGAACCCAGAGAAAGCUGCCAGCUGGAACCAGGCCCCGAAACUCCGCUACUCUCUGGGCUAUGACCAGCAGAAGGCCCAGCUGUCCGUGACUCUCCUGGAAGCUGUGACAGGGGACCAUGAUGUAGGCUGUGACUGCUACAUCCAAGGAAGUAUGGCCAGUCUGUCCGGCACUGUAGAGGCACAGACAGCCCUGAAGAAGAGGUUGCCACACACCACUUGGGAGGAGGCCCUGGUUUUCCCUCUGAGUGAGGAAGAGCGGCCAGCGGCCACCCUGACCCUGACCUUGAGGACCUGUGACAGGUUCUCCCGGCAUAGUGUGGUGGGAGAGCUCCAGUUGCCCCUGGAUGGUGUCUCACUACCCCUGGGGACGGCCCAGUGGGGGGAAUUGAAGACCUCAGCCAAGGACCUGGCCACUGGCUCUGGCGAAGUCCUCCUCUCCAUCAGCUACCUCCCAGCAGCCAACCGGCUCCUCGUGGUAUUGAUCAAGGCAAAGAAUCUCCAUUCCAACCAGUCCAAAGAUGUCCUGGGGAAAGAUGUCUCUGUCAAGGUGACCUUGAAACAUCAGGCCCUGAAACUUAAGAAGAAGCAGACGAAGCGGGCCAAACACAAGCUGAACCCGGUGUGGAACGAGAUGAUCAUGUUCGAGGUGCCCGAUGACCUCCUGAGGGCCUCCAGUGUGGAGUUGGAGAUGUUGGGUCAGGACGAGGCUGGCCAGAGCCACGUGCUGGGUCGCUGCAGCCUGGGCCUGCACUCGUCUGGUACCCAGCGCAGCCACUGGGAAGAGAUGCUGAAGAAUCCUCGCCGGCAGAUUGCCAUGUGGCAUCAGCUCCAGAUGUAG